AUGGAAGGGAAACGCGAGAAACCUACUGUGCCAUGGGAGAAUGGUACCCUGACACCUGUGCAUCGUCUUAGCACUGAGAGAGCUGACAGUCCCACACCAGGUCUAGUGGAGGGAACAGAACCGGGUGCUGGGCAGAAAAAUGCAAUGUUUGUCCUUGCACAGUCCUUUGAAUAUCUGAACGCUGAGGAUGAAGAGGAGGCAGAGUUGCUCAAAUCCCGAGAGAGUGCCGAGGAUAUCAGCGAACUGGUGGAAGAGAAAAGAGAGGAGCAACACGAUAUCCCAUCAGACUGCAGAAACAAAGACGAGGACGUGUCCAGCAAUGCAUGGAGGAGCCACAAAAAGCACAUGUUUGUGCUGAGCGAGGCAGGAAAGCCAAUUUACACCCGUUAUGGCACGGAGGAGGCUCUGUCCAGCACCAUGGGUGUUAUGAUGGCUCUCGUGUCUUUUGUUGAGGCUGAGAACAACAUCAUCCGAUCCAUCCAUGCAGAUGGAUGUAAAGUGGUUUUUCUGACCAAGAGUCCACUAGUUCUGGUUGGUGUGUCCCGUACGUGUCAGUCAGACAAAGAGCUGCUGAGGGAGCUGCAAUAUGUCUAUUAUCAGAUUGUGAGCCUGCUCACCCUCACCCAGCUCAACCACAUCUUCCAGCACAAGCAAAACUAUGACUUACGGCGCCUUCUGGCUGGUUCCGAGUAUCUCACUGAUAACCUUCUGCAUCGGCUGGACCGCGACCCUGGCCUGCUGCUCAGCGCUGUCACCUGCCUGCCUCUUGCCAGCUCCUCCAGGGAUGUCAUUUCGUCAAGCCUGCAAGCGGCUAAAUCCAAAAACCUUGUGUUCUCCAUUCUGCUGGCAGGAGACCGCCUGGUUACGCUGGUUAGGAAAAAGGACCAGUUUCUGCACCACAUAGACCUGCACUUGGUGUUCAAUCUCGUUGGCUCCUCUACAUCUUUUCGAGAGGGUGAAGGCUGGACGCCCAUCUGUUUGCCAAAGUUCAAUACUGCAGGAUUUUUCCAUGCUCACAUUUCCUAUUUGGAACCUGCGUCGGAGCUGUGCCUUAUCCUGGUCUCAACUGACCGAGAGGACUUUUUUAACAUGUCUGAUUGCAAGCAAAAGUUUCUUGAGAGGCUGAGUAAGCGCAGUGCCUAUCAAGCCCUGAAGGAGGCGUUGAAGUCUCGUAGCUACUCUGUGGCUCAAGUUGGCAUCCCUGAACUCCGGCACUUCCUGUACAAAUCAAAGAGCUCUGGCUUGUACACCAGUCCAGAGUUUCCUUUAGUGUACCAGUCAAAUGAAGAACAGGAGAGGCUAAUGGGUUUGUACCAGGACCUUCACAGUUAUGUGCACCAUCCAACCAGACCCUUACGCUCUUUCUACCGCUGUGGUGAAACUGAAAACAUGAUGGCAUGGGUGACCAGUGGCUUUGAGCUUUACCUAUGCUUCAGUCCCCUGGGCACAAAGGCGUUGGCUGUUUCUGCUAUCAACAAACUACUGAAGUGGAUCAGGAAGGAGGAGGAUCGUCUCUUUAUUCUGAGUCAUCUUACUUAUUGA